GGAUGUAAAUAUUCUCUUCCGGAAAAGCUUAUAGUUGGACUUACCUAGUCCGUUUAGCGUUUAAAAGAAGUGAACCUUCAAAUAAAACGAUAAUUAAACAAAUUGAAAAUGGCCGGAACGGCUUCAGUAGCAGGUGAAGUUUUUGUGGACGCUUUGCCGUACUUUGACCAGGGUUACGAUGCUCCAGGUGUUAGAGAAGCGGCUGCGGCGCUGGUKGAGGAAGAGACAAGAAGAUACCGGCCUACGAAGAACUACCUGAGCUACCUGCCUACGCCCGACUUCUCAACUUUUGAGACAGAAAUUAUGAGGAACGAAUUUGAACGGUUAGCAGCUCGGCAGCCCAUGGAGCUCCUGAGCAUGAAGAGAUAUGAGCUUCCGGCGCCCACGUCAGGACAGAAGAACGACAUAACGGCGUGGCAGGAGUGUGUGAACAACUCUAUGGCCCAGUUGGAGCACCAGGCAGUCCGGAUCGAGAACCUGGAGCUCAUGUCGCAGUACGGAACCAACGCAUGGAAAGUCUACAACGGCAACUUGGCCUUCAUGAUUGAGAUGGCUCAGAAAGAGCUUCACAAGUUCAGGAAGCAAAUUCAAGAUUUGAACUGGCAGCGYAAGAACGACCAGUUGGCAGCUGGAGCCAAACUACGCGAGCUAGAGUCCAACUGGGUGUCACUGGUCAGUAAGAACUACGAAAUCGAGCGGGCCAUCGUUCAGUUGGAGAACGAAGUCGGUCAGCUCCGACAGCAGCAG